CAAGAGGGCCCUUCGUCGUCUUCUCUCUCUUUCCCUUCUCCAUCCCCCUACGCCUUCGGGUCCCUCCCGCCUAUUCACCAAUUCUUGAGGGUUUAAAAAGAGUCUCUUUCGCGCGACUCACCUGUACACGCGCUUAGAAGCUUACUCGACUCGGCUUCGUUCUUGAUACUCGCUUUGUUGCAGAGCAUCGACAUUUCCUGAACAACUCUCUCUCUGUCCUCUUCUCUCACCCUCAUACACCUUUUCACAAUGUCGCGACUCACGAGCCGCGAUGGUGUGUCCAAGGGCUUCACCUGGACCACCGUCUUCUACCUUCUUCUCGUCUUGAUUGCCCCUCUGGCGCUGUUUGGCACCACUGCCCACGCCGAGGAGGACAACUCACCCGAAAACUAUGGCACCGUUAUUGGUAUUGAUCUGGGUACCACCUACAGUUGUGUUGGUGUUAUGCAGAACGGCAAGGUUGAGAUCCUCGCCAACGAUCAAGGAAACCGUAUUACUCCCUCCUACGUGGCUUUCACCGAUGAGGAGCGCCUCGUCGGUGACGCUGCGAAGAACCAAUACGCCGCCAACCCCCAACGGACCGUCUUCGACGUCAAGCGAUUGAUUGGUCGCAAGUUCGAUGACAAGGACAUCCAGAAGGACGCCAAGAACUUCCCCUUCAAGGUCGUCAACAAGGAUGGCAAGCCCAUGGUCAAGGUCGACGUUAAUAAGACCCCCAAGGUCUUCACCCCCGAGCAGAUCUCCGCCAUGAUCCUGGAGAAGAUGAAGGAUGUCGCUGAGAGCUACCUGGGCAAGACGGUCACCCACGCCGUCGUUACCGUUCCCGCCUACUUCAACGACGCUCAGCGUCAGGCCACCAAGGAUGCCGGUACCAUCGCCGGUCUCAACGUCCUCCGUGUUGUCAACGAGCCCACCGCCGCCGCUAUCGCCUACGGUCUGGACAAGACUGGUGAUGAGCGCCAGGUUAUCGUCUACGAUCUCGGUGGUGGUACUUUCGAUGUCUCUCUCCUGUCGAUUGACAACGGCGUUUUCGAGGUUCUGGCUACCGCUGGUGACACCCACCUUGGUGGCGAGGACUUUGACCACCGCGUCAUGGACUACUUCGUUAAGCUCUACAACAAGAAGAACGACGUUGAUGUCCGCAAGGAUCUGAAGUCCAUGGGUAAGCUGAAGCGCGAGGUUGAGAAGGCCAAGCGUACUCUGUCUUCCCAGAUGUCCACUCGUAUCGAAAUCGAGGCCUUCCACAACGGCAACGAUUUCUCCGAGACCCUGACCCGCGCCAAGUUCGAGGAGCUGAACAUUGAUCUGUUCAAGAAGACCCUCAAGCCCGUCGAGCAGGUGCUCAAGGACGCCAAGGUCAAGAAGUCCGAGGUUGACGACAUCGUUCUGGUCGGUGGUUCCACCCGUAUCCCCAAGGUCCAGGCUCUUCUUGAGGAGUACUUCGGUGGCAAGAAGGCCAGCAAGGGUAUCAACCCCGACGAGGCCGUCGCUUUCGGCGCUGCCGUUCAGGCCGGUGUUCUCGGUGGUGAUGAGCACUUGACCGAGGUCGUUCUCAUGGAUGUCAACCCCCUCACUCUGGGUAUUGAGACCACCGGUGGUGUCAUGACCAAGCUGAUUCCCCGUAACUCCGUCAUUCCUACCCGCAAGUCCCAGAUCUUCUCAACUGCGGCUGAUAACCAGCCCACCGUCCUGAUCCAGGUCUUCGAGGGUGAGCGUUCCAUGACCAAGGAUAACAACCUCCUCGGCAAGUUCGAGUUGACCGGUAUCCCCCCCGCGCCCCGUGGUGUUCCUCAGAUCGAGGUUGCCUUCGACCUCGAUGCCAACGGUAUCCUCAAGGUUAGCGCCAGUGACAAGGGCACUGGCAAGGCCGAGAGCAUCACCAUUACCAACGACAAGGGCCGUCUCUCGCAAGAGGAGAUUGACCGCAUGGUUGCCGAGGCUGAGGAGUAUGCCGAGGAGGACAAGGCCAUGAAGGCCAAGAUCGAGGCCCGCAACGGACUGGAGAACUACGCUUUCUCUCUGAAGGCCCAGGUCGGUGACGAGAACGGCCUCGGCGGUCAGAUCGACGAGGACGACAAGCAGACCAUCCUGGACGCUGUCAAGGAGGCUAUCGACUGGCUCGAGGACAAUGCCGCCACUGCUACCGCCGAGGACUUUGAGGAGCAGAAGGAGCAGUUGUCCAGCGUGGCUUACCCCAUCACCAGCAAGCUGUAUGGCUCUGGUGCUCCUCCCGAGGAUGACGAGCCUGUGGACCACGAUGAACUGUAAAAUUAUUCUUUGAGGCAUUACCCAUGGAGUUUUCUCUUUUUCUUUCUGUUUGCUUUUUUUUUGUGUGCUUCUAGUCCAACCGAACUAAGAACUGCGCGGGUUAAUCCUCGUCGCUCGAGCCUGGUUUCUUGAGUGUACCGGCUCUUAAAUACCAUGAUACCUUUGCAUACACUACUUUUCUUUCCAUAUCGUACUCCGUAGUUGUAGAGCUUUUUCUAUUCUCGAUAUCUAUACAAUCUAUCCGCUCAACCGUCUCCACGUCCAUCUAACACCCUACUUCUGCUCCUUGAUAACCUGCUUGAUCGUCUCGGCCACCACCGCAUGAUCAUCCUCCUGCUUCAACCCACUAACAACAACGACAGCAACAACCCCCUCCACCCCCCUCACCCGAAUCGGAUACCCACCCCCAUGAAUAGCAUACUCAUCCGCAACGGCACCCCCACUCGAACUCGCCAGCGCAUACUUUUUCAAAAACGCCUCCUCAACCGCACUCGCACUCUCACUGCCGCUCAACCCGGCAAGCACCUUCAUCCGCAUCGCCCAGCUGGACAUCCCAAAGCGCAGCACCGUAUUCCGCUUGCGCCGCACCCAGUUCUCGUUAUCCGGGAUGGUCCCAGAUUCCGUCGCGCAUUGGAACAGAACGUGUGGUGGGUUGGGGGAUGUAGCCGUUGCGAGGGCGAUGGAGAUCAGGGCGGGUUUGCGUUGGGAGGCUGGGAGGGAGAGCAGGCGGGUUCGGAGGGCGGUACCGAGGGUCCACGCUGUUUCGGCGGUGAAGGUGCGGAAUUUGUAGUCUUCGCUGCUUUCUUGGGCGAUGAGGGUGUUUGGCUGGACGGGGGUGGGUUAGUAGGUUGGAGAUAAGAGGUGAGGGGGUUUAGUAUGGAGACUGAGGGGAACGUACGUCUGUGCUUGGGGCGGGGAGAGCCAUUGUUGAGGGUAUUGAUAAUGGUGAUUGUGACUGAGUUUUGGAUUGAAGGAUCUGUAGAGGUCAAAGGGAAAGGAGGAAAUUGAAGUGUUUAAAG